AUGCAGAGUCAGAAUGAAUAUCUCCGGCAAUGGAAGCGCAAGUUCAAGGACUACAUAAAUUUACUCAUGGUCCGAGAAACCCCUCCUCUGGACCAGCUUUGUGAAGUUUGCAAGAAGGAUGGGGUUUAUAAAUGCCACAGGUGUUUCAACGAGCCCCUGUUUUGCACAGAGUGCUGCAGAACCCAGCAUCAAAGACAUCCUUUCCAUCGCAUCAGUCAAUGGACCGGAUCAUUUUUUCAAGAAACUUCACUUAUGAAAGUCGGCCUGCACAUUCACCUUGCUCAUGAUGGCACUCCAUGUCCCAGCAGCACUGAAUACUCAUCAGACCUCUUUGAAUGGUCAGAUACCGAUGAACAUAUAGACCAUAAUGAUUAUCCGGAGGGAACUUCCAUUCCACUUGUCGCAGACUCAGAUCAUCCGGCUACAACCAUAGUCGACAAAUCCAGUGUUCACUCCGUAUCCAUAUGGUAUUGCCACUGCCCCGGAGCUCUAAACCCGGAUAUGCAGCUCUUUCAAGCAGGCUUAUUUCCAGCAUCCUUCACCAGACCAAAAACUGCAUUCACAUUCUCCGUGUUGGACGACUUUCUGCUAGACAACCUGGAAUGUGGUACAUCAGCCAUGAAUUACUACAGUAAGAUCUGGAGGCUAACCUCCAGCAUCUUUCCAUUGAUGGAUCGCUACAGAGAGCUCAUGAGGACUGCCAGACAAUGGUGUCAAUGUAAGCUCUACAAGUGGCAUGGGUUUGCCCAUAAAAACGAUGAGCCUAAGACCGGUGACCUCGCCCUAUUCUGUCCGGCAUGUCCUCAACCGGGGAUAAAUUUGGACCGGUCAACCGGUAUGGCCACUCAGCCGGACGACACCCCUUCCUGGCUCUUCACCAGGACUUUGGUCAUGGAUGGUAAUUUUAAAGCCGAGCACCUCCAUCUGGUGAAUCCAUCUGAUGAAGUAUCAUUGAUUGAUGGUCUUGCAUUCAUGGUCGGAGAUGAAAGAUACAAGAGUCAUUUGGCUGUUGCCCAAGACCAUGUCCAAAAGUCAGAUUGUAACAAUCACCACGCAGUCAAUCAAGCCAAUGCCUCUCGACAAAAGCUAGAGGCCACAGGUAUAGGAGGAUGUGCAUGUGCACGGCAUGGAUGUUUUGUCCCACAUUCCAUGGUGGAUUUUCAGAAGGGUGAAAGGCAGAUGAACAUGGACUAUGCCUUGAGUCAAGCACUCAACUACAAUACAGAUGGAAUCUCACGAGCAAUAAUGUUCUAUGAUAUAAAUUGUCAGUAUAAUAAGUUUCUCAAGGACCGGAUUGCAUCAAGCAUGUAUCUGUCCAUCCCCAUUGGCAUGGAUAUCAUUCCUGGAAUAGGUUUGUGGCAUGUGCAUGGCCAUCAGGACAGCUGCUAUGUCCGGUAUGCAUCGAAUUUUAUCCAUGGGACUGGCAGGAUAGACGGAGAGAUCAUGGAAACACUCUGGGCAUCUUUAAACAUAAUCUCCCCUUCAGCCAGGGGCAUGGGAACUCCUCAUCACAAGGAGGUAUUGGAUUAUCAGAUGAAUGAUUCAAACUUCAUGAAAAUGAUUUGCAUAACCAAGUUUCUUUGCAGAAAGUUUAAAGAGGCUGUUCAGGGUGCUGCAGAGAGCACACUCUCAUUCCAAAAUCUUAACGAGACAGUUCAGCCUGCCAUGGUCAUUCUUUGGGAAGCAGAGGAGGCUGUUGCUCAGGCAAACAGACUGGAGGAUCCAACAGCCAUGGACAUUUAUGAGGUCCGGUUGGAAAAAGGCAAGUUAGCCCGACUCAGAGAUAAGCUGCAAACUCGCAUUACAAGCUUUCUUGAGAUGGCACCUACCUAUCUUGGAUUUGCAGUUGAUGGCAAUGAACAGGAUUCUCCGGUAGACACGGUUCAUAAUUCACCGGAUGAAGAUUAUUCCGAUCUCGAUGAUGAUCACAAUCCGGAUCCGGAUCCGGAAACACAUCAUGCCUCCAUCUUUCAACCUGAGCUCACUAUCUUACCUUUGCCUUCCAACCUCGGUAUAGUGAGAUGCAAUGAAUUGGGUCUCACCGAUCUCAUGAAAGAAGAAACUGCCCUUCGUGAAGGUCAGGCCAAUGACGCCCUUCAUGCAAUUAGAGUUCAUUUGGGAGAUAAAGCUGUUAUAUUCCGGAAUACUAUCCGGUCAGCCAAGUCACAAGCCUCCUCCACCAGGGCAUGGACUCAGGUUUGCUCGGUGGAAAUGGUAGUCAAUCUCAAUGCCAGGAUAUAUUCAAAAUGUCGGUUGCAGCUAGCCAAACUCCCUGAUCACAACCUCCUGAAGAAAUAUCUUCCGCUAAAGAAAGAACACCUGAAGGCAAACACUGCAGUUGCAGAUCCAAAUGCACGUGGUCAGAGGGACGCUACUCUCACAUGGUUCUGGUCAAUCAAUGUUCAGGGUGAUACAUCCGGAAAUGACUGGAUGACAGAAUGUGAGUAUCCUGCAUAUCCGUUGAUAUUGGGUGAUCCGGUCUCACAUAUUGCAACAACAGUCUAUCAAGUCAAUUGGCUCCGGACAAAGGCCCUGUGCGAUCAGUUGGAAUGA